AUGAGUAGUGCAACAGUUCCAAGAUUAUUAUUCUUGCAUGGUUUCUUGCAAAAUGGUAAGGUAUUCUCUGAAAAGUCAUCUGGUAUUAGAAAACUAUUGAAGAAGGCUAAUGUUCAAUGUGAUUAUAUUGAUGCACCAGUCGUCUUAGAGAAAACAGACUUGCCUUUUGAAAUGGAUGAUGACAAAUGGCAAGCUACUUUAGAUGCAGAAGUUAACAAAGCUUGGUUUUAUCACAGUGAAAUUUCAAAAGAAUUAGAUUUGAGUAACGCUAUUAAAACAGUUUCUGAUUAUAUCAAGGAAAAUGGUCCAUACGAUGGUAUUGUUGGGUUUUCUCAAGGUGCUGCAUUAUCAACUAUUUUGACUAAUAAAAUUCAGCAAUUGGUUCCAUCUCAUCCUGAGUUUAAAGUCAGUGUUGUAAUUUCUGGCUAUUCAUUUACUGAACCAGAUCCAGAAAAUGAAGGACAAUUAAGAAUCACUGAAAAGUUUGAUGAUGCAUUCACACCAAAUCCUAACAGCAAGACUAAAAUGGUAUUCAUAUAUGGUGCAAGUGAUCUAGCUGUACCAUCAGAAAGGUCAAAAUAUCUAUACAAUAUUUAUGAAAAUGCAUUGCCAAAGGAUGAAGAAUUGUUAAAAGCUUUUGAACAUCCAGGUGGCCACAUGGUACCAAACAAAAAGGACAUUAUUAGACCAGUUGUUGAACAAAUCACUGGAGCUCUAACUGUUGCAUCUCAAUAA